CGCCGAGGCAGGAUGUUCGCAGAACUGAGGCAUCGCGGGUGAGCAUAUCAAACUGCAAAUUAUGACGGCCAGAGAGAGCACAUUAUUUGCCAUUUUACUAAUUUUCAUGCUUCGAGGUUCUCUUCAAAAUUGUCCCGCCGAUCCGAAAAGGGAGUACAUGACGGCGUGCAUCGCGGAAUGUCUCGAAUUGAGUUCAAACAAAAAGAAUUGCACCUUGGACUUCGAUACUGGAACCCUUUUGGGAGAAAAAUGCGCCAUGAACAAGCCAUUCGAACAAACUCCGCUGUUGGCUAAUCAAAAAAUCAUGAUUUGCGACAUAAAUCCAAACAAUAAUGCGUAUCAAAAAGUAGAGAAAGUCGCGGACAUGAACUUGUGUACGCACUUCAUGUUCGGCUCGUGGUAUUUUUACAAUUCGCUAACGAAAACGUUUGAGCCUCGGACGAAUAUUAUUCCCGAUCAAUUACUGGCGAAGGAACACGCACAGGAACACGGAGCAAAGACGAUUUUAAAUUUCGGAAGCAUCAGUCAAUCUACUGGAAUUUCCCCUGGCAAUUGGUCCAUAGCGGCUGCAGAUGCUGCAACUAGAGGAAAAUUAAUUAACCAAAUGGUUGAAUUGAUGGAAGAAAACGAAUUUGACGCUUUAAGUAUUUAUUGGUGGUAUAGUGGAUGCCCGAAUCAAGAAUGUACAAAAGGCAACAAAAAGGAUAAAGAAAAUUUAGUUUCUUUGAUGAAGGAACUUUACAAAGCAAUUAAGGAACGCGGAAAGUUGUUAUUUUUAAUCCUUCCGACCUCUGACGGAAUUUUAAUCCAAGGAUAUGAUAUGAACGCAUUGUGGAAUAACGUGGACUAUUUUUACGUCAACACGUACACCUACGAAGGAACUUGGAACGACUAUUUAGGCUACUCGACAAAUUUAUUAAACGUCAAAAUGUCAAUAGGUUAUAUAAAAGACAAACUGGGCGCCGCCAAGAUGAGAAAGGUGAUUGCUGGAUUUACUUCGAGUGUCACGCUUUACGCUUUGGUCAAAAUGAAAACUAAGCCGAAAUACAGGGACCCAGUGUUUCCCGCCCUUUCGUAUUACACCAGCAUGUUAAACCUCUGUGAAAAGGUCCAAAGGGAAAAUUACUCUGUCAUUUUGGAAGAUAUAAAUAACAACCUUGCUCACAACACCACGCACGUUUACGUUUUUGAAGACUUCAAUACUCUGAAAGAAAAGGUUAAUUAUUUCAAAUCGAAUGGAUUGGGAGGAAUGAUUUACUCCGGCGUUACGUCGGACGACGACGAAAACAAAUGCGGCUGUGGUGUGAUGCCGAUGCUGAGAAUCGCCUCUGAACUUUUGCACGGCGGAGGCUGCUCUUUGAAACAGUGUUUGAAUUGAAUUUUCAGACUUAAAAAUUGGUAUUGAAAUAACUGUCAAUUAACAAAUUAAAAAUAGCAAAAAAUUUUAAUUUUGGCUAAACAACGCAGCAAAUUUGGUUGAUUAUUUUAAAAAUGUGCCACGUUAAAACAAAUUAUUAGAAAUUUAAGUUAUUUUUAUAAAUGUGACUUUUAAUUUUGUAUUGUUACUGGUAAAUAAAAUUACUGUAUUUUUAUAUACUGGAAGACCA